AUGGGGCUGCCUGCUUGCAGCUGGAUCCAAAUUGGCAGUCUUGUGGCGCUCGCCGGAGCGCAAACCGAAUGUCUGGGCACAGCGCAGGUUGGCCAGGAUGUGUGGACGGUCGCACGGGAGGUGGACAAGGCUCUACAGAAGACGCAUGUGCCACGAGAGUAUGGCCUUGAGCUUGCCAAUGCAUUCUUUGCGCUCGAACGUUCUGGAGCUUUGCCUGGAGCUAUUCAAGACUGUGCGCUGGGAGUGGCAGUUCUUAUUCUGAAUGCCUUGCCUCAAGCAGAAAUUCGCUUUGGCACUGCGAAAGCCAAAGAGUAUUUCUUGAUGUACGAGGAGUUGAGGCAGAGAUAUGGUCAUCUUUGGAAUGCCUCUGGUUUUGCUUGGAACUUGCAGACGCAUCAGUCGGCUAGCUAUCCGCUCCUGUUGGGCUUGAACCCGCAAGGCUGCUAUGACUUGGGCGUUCGAGUCUAUGUUUAUGACACGCUCUUCGCUGCACGUCCAGUGGAGUGCAGCCAGGGCAUGUUCGCCAGUGAGGUCUUUGUUCAUCAAUUCCUGCUGCACAGCAGCUGUCGAACGGAGAACCCCGCGGAAGCAGACUUCUUCUUUGUGCCUGUUUAUGCUGCCUGCGUUAUGACGAAAGAGAGAAAGACCGCCGAAGAUAUGGAUGUCUUCUACAGCCAGCUUGUUAAGGAGCAGCUGACGUACUUCGAGGACCAGGGCGGGAUUGACCAUAUCUUCCUGUGGUCGUCAGAGACCUAUGAUUUCCCUUCGUGGCUGGACUACAUCCCAGACUCGCUCUUCCUUUCCGUGGAAGCUAGGCCGAUUGAGUGCACAGACUUUGAUUUCUUCUCGGAAGAGACGGCUGACAACUUCGGUGCACACUGCCAGCACUGCUACUGGUGCUUCACUCCUUGGAAAGACUACGUCAUACCGGGUUUUGUGGAGAAAUGGAGCGUGGACAAGCUCAGAGCGUUGGAAAGACCUCACGAGCAGAGGUCCUACACGGCAUGUUACCAUGGAGCUGAUUCCGACGCCUUGGCCAUAUACAAGUACGCAAACACCACAGUUCGGAAUGACUUGCAGACUCUGCGUGGCCGACACAACUUCAGCAUUGGCUACAGAUUUGUUCGGAUCACCGAGUACUUUGAUCGUAUUGGCGACUGCCACUUCUGCUUCGCUCCGAAAGGAUUGGGAUUCUGGAGCAAUCGGCUCUAUGAGGCGGGUGAUGUGUCGCAGCUGCAGCCUCCUUCAAGUUGUACCGAGGUCAUGUUCGCAGGCUGCAUACCUGUCAUCCUGUCUGAUCACAUCGGCCUUCCUUUCGAUGAUUUCCUUGACUGGUCAUCAUUUUCGCUGAAGUGGCCCAUGGAUGAGGUAGGCCCAGCCCUGGCCGAGCACCUGGAGUUUCUCUUGGAGUUUCAUGGCCCAGCUGUCGCUGAGAUGCACCGGGCGGUGGUGCGGAACAGGUGCUGGUUCGACUACAACUCGGAAGAUCCAGACUGUUCCCCUUACCUGGGCAUCCUGCGCUACCUUCAGAAGAAGAAGGAAACCAUGACAGAGCAGCAUGUGCAGAAUGCCUGGACAGCAACAGACGUAGCUAAGCUAGGACACGGAACUGCGCGUCGAAUGUCUCCAAGUACAACCACACUCGACACGGUGAAUCCGUUCUUCAGUUUGCCCCAGUUCUUUGACACCAUCGUUCACACGGUCGAAAUACCCUUGUGCUUCAGUGCUUGCUCGAAGCUGGAGGCAGAUGCUAAUGACACCGUCGGGGCCGACCACCUGUGCCGUCGGAUCCCGAGUGUCAUCAGCAGAGUGAGCAUCCUGAAGAGCAUGGGUAGCGGCGAGAUAGCGGUGCCAAACGGCGAGGGACAAACACUGAAGAUGCCUGUGGUCAAGCAUGACGGCACAAAGACGGAACUCACCAUCAAGGCAGGCCCUUUGCCGGCAAAGUCCAAUGCUGGCGCAGAUGAAGCUGCCAAGAAGCUUCAGGACCAAGCACGGGACAACGUUCAGGCGCUGUUGGGAGAACUACUGAGGGAGCAACCAGCAGAUCCUUAUGCCUUCAUGCUGCAGCGACUUCGAGCUGUGAAGGACAGAUUGACAGGGCGCAACUUCUUGGAAGAGUGA